AUGGAUUCUCACAUUGCCAACUUACCGGCCUGCCAUUUCGAUGACUUACCGAACGAACUUAAAACAGAAAUUAUACUUUACCUGGAAAAUCCCUCAAAGCUGGCCAAAUGUUCUCAUAAUUGGUAUAAUAUUGUGAACGCACCAGUUACAAAGUCCAAGUGGUUGAUCCAAAGAUACGGUACAACCCACGCAUUAUUUCAUGGCAUACGAAUUGGCAACCCAUUUAUUAAUCUUCAAGUAGUCAAUUGCUUACUCGCUCAACAUGCUCAUCUUAGCCGAUACUUUAUCCAGAGAUUGAUGACUGGAUUUGAAAGGUUUGAAAGUCCACGGGUAGUUGAUCUGCCUCAAGAAGUUUAUACACGGUUCCUUCAAGAGGGGAACGAAAAAUUCGGUAGAGAAAAUAUCCCGGAUCCUUGCGAUGAUAUGGAGGCGUUCUAUUACCUCACGGGAGGACCACAACCAAUCAGCCAAGCUCGACAGACCAUAUUGGAUCAUCUAGACGAAAUUAAAAUGUUGAUCGAAAUAUACCAUCUCGUUCCUUUCCCUAUAAAACCAAAACUACCGUACGAAUUCUUUUACGAAACCCGAUACGACUCUGGACGGCAGAUGCAAGCUGUCUCCCGUGCAAUUUUCCUAUGUCCAGCGCUAAUCGGAUGCUGGCAAAGAAUAGGAUACGAGCAUAUUACAGAUGAUACGAACGAAUAUGUAAUCCAAGGUGCAAUGUUAAUGCUGUAUCCAUGUCCGCCUCCAGACAGCUGGGUCGAACCUACUCUAGACCAGGUCGUGCAAACGCUAGUCCAUCUAAGGCAGCUUGGAUUCCGGCUGUCUGCCGUACUUUUUGUCGACAUUAUUCUUUAUAUCGAACAAUACAUUAUAAGCCCGAUAGGUGUAACACUUCUUAGUGCGUACACCACCUUUUGUGGUUACGCCGAGGAAGACGUUAUUAAUAAUUUUCUAGAAAUAUUAUUGAGUCCUUCGAGGGAAUUAAGAACCGUUAUUUUACUAGAUCUUAUAAUUAGUCGAAUCAAACCCCCUCAUGAAAAAAUCGUCGAGUUAUUCGAAAAUUAUAGAAUAGUCAACCCAAUUAGAAUAUAUUUAGACAAUCCUCACCAACUUCCGAUGGAUUGGACGUUUACCAAGUACACUCCGGCAGUGUAUCGUUACCUGCUUGUAAAACUUGGUGUUGACUCGAUAGUGGCUCGAUACUUAAUGAAGGAGUUAUCUAGUGUGAGAGUCGCAAUACUCUUGCUAUUUUCUUCCACCAAAGUUGCAGAAACUCUCAGUAACGCGAAUCGUUGGAACGACGCACUCAAUAGCUUUGAUGAAUAUUAUAGGAUGGGCGUCGCGUUCGAUCCGAUCGUACCACUAUUUGGGCCUUGA